CAUUCUUAUGUUGCGGAUCCGCACGUAUGCCUAGCAGCUAAAGCGAAUUUCUCUCGCGGCUCUGGUGGAUGACGUAGCGGGUUACGUUUUCUGUGGAUAAAAACUUUGUUGUUGUUCCGAUUUCUUCCUAAAAAAUCAUGGAGCCUAGGAAACGGUAUCGUUUUACUUUCUUGUGCACUAUUAUUGCUUUUGCGCUCUACUGUGAACAUUGCUAUGCAGGUGACUGCCCCGCAGAUGGACGCACAUGGGUUCCGUUCGCCCAGAGCUGCUAUCAUUUCGUCCAUGGAGAGGAGGAUUUGGCGAAAAGCUACACAUACGAGAGUGCGCGGGCCAUGUGCCGGGGAUAUGAGCUUCUGAGCAUUAGAAGUCCAGAAGAGAACAAAUUCAUUGUACAGUAUAGCCCCCAGGUUUGGAAAGGCAACAUUGAUGUGUGGCUGGACAUGUAUUUUAAUGCGGACAACGAGACUUUGCUGUGGCACGACGACACCCAGCUGGACUUCGCGAACUGGCAGGAUGACUCCAUGCCCGCGGACACGGCCAGCAUGGACAUCUGCGCAGCCAUGCACUCCAGCACAGGGAAGUGGAUGCAGGUCAGCUGCGCAGAGGACACCGAGAAUGGGGUCGUCUGCAAAACCUCCCAGAAGCCAGACAAGAAAGAAAGUGGCAGUAACAGUCCGCUGCUGUCAGCGCUGGUCAUACUGAGCGUGCUUGUUAUCCUGGGGCUCUCCGCCGUCGUCUGGUUCCUGCACCAGAGGCACGGCUCCGGCGGCUCCAUGUUCACAUCGUUCGAGUACCACCCUCCGUUCCGAUCCCCCCUGACAGACGAGGCGGCGCUGGUGGGCGCCGAGGAGACGGAGGAGUUGCCAUAGCGAUGCUCCCCCCCCUCAGGCUCCGGGGUGCGUCGGCCACGCCCGUGACAUCACAGGAAGUGCGGCACCACGAUUCCAUCACAGCUUUUGCAGAUCAAAUUGUUCCCUUUUUUGGGGGGAGGGUGUACUCAACAUGAUUCUCACUGAGGAAAGUGAACAAGCUCAUUUCGGGUAGUGGAUAUCCCACAGCGGCUGCCCCCAAACCCUUCCGUCCGGGUUUUUCCUCAAGUGCUCCUAUUUGGUCUUUCUGGGCAGUUUCUGCCCCUGCUUCGAGUUCUGAGCCUUGCUUUGCUCUUUGUAUCCUAAUCAUGUACAUCUGCGGGCUAUGCAUGAACAUGCUGUUUCUUCCAUGUAGUGUGAUUUUGAGUUUGUUUACUGUACUUUGUAUGGGAGAAAUUGUAACAAUGGCUGGAUGCCCAAGUUAAUCUUCAAAAACAGGUCUUUCAUCUAGAUCUUGGUGGGCCCAUAACUCUUAAAGUGGAGCUGGGGGGUGGACCACAUAAGCUUGAUUAAUUUUGGAGGUUUAGAUACUCCUACUUCAGAGAUGUGAACCAUAUUUACUCUCAUACUGUUUCUUUUUUCUGUAGAUCACUGUGUAAACUUUGAAGAUCUGUCCCCCUUAAGUUUUUUGUUUUCCUUAUGUAAAUGCCUAAGGUGACUGCCUAUGUACUAAGAAAGACUGUGGCAGGAUGCUUUAAAAUUAUUUUUUAAAUGGAUCAAUUUCAGAUGAAUGUAUAAUUGUGGGAAAAUAGACAAUUUUGUAAAAAUACACAUUCUUAUUUCCCAGUGAUUCACAAACACAUAAUAAGGUAUACCAACAGGCAAGGAGCACUGAAAAACCUGGAGUCCAAACUAAAGACAUUGAGAGGGGAAAAAAGCUCAUGAACCAUCAAAGGCUGAGUUAGGAGUAGUACAUUAAGAUUGAGGCUAGCUGUGUGUGCUCCCAGGUGGCUCAGUCAGUAGAAGCCCUUGACGUUCAAGUGCAAGGCUGAGCAAUACAGCCUGGGUUUGACCCCAGCCUGGUCACUGGCCAACAACGACCGAGAGCCCAUAGCGGUUGAAGAGAAACAGGGAAAAAGCAUUGGGCAUUCCAGUUUGAAGAAAUAAAAAUGAAGGCAGGUUGGAGAAAUUCACCUCCACCUUACUAGGACACCAGUGUUCUCUCGGUUCCAUUCAUAUCCUCCAGUUAUCUUACACUUUGCUCGAGGAAAACUUAUCUUGCUGUAUAAGGAUCCUCAUGGGUGCCCUGGGUACUGAAAUUGAUUUGAGUUGAUUGAAGGGUAAUAAUUAGGACACACCGUGUUAAAACUGUCUCUGGAGGGUUGUGUGUAAAGCCAUAUACAUCAUAUGCACUUUAUCCAUUAAAAAAAACCAAUUUGAAUUCUGAACAUCCAUUAGAAGCAUCUUGCACUAAGCACACCAGGAUAUUACAAAAAUGGCAUGCAUGUUAAGCGUAAGAGAGUUGCUUUCCCAAAACGGAUCAUUUUGGUUUACACAAAUGAUGGAUGAAACUGACCUGCAUCCAAUGGUAAAUAAAUGUAAUUUCCUGUAAAUGUGCCACUUCACCUCAUUUUAACCCCCCCCCCCCCCAUCCUGCUCAGGAAAU